UCAAAACUCCCACAAUGCAAUGUACUUUCUUUUUUACCUGAAGCUAAACUGAAUUACAUUUCACAUCUGAGAGUGAAUAACUUUAAUUAUAUUCCUCAUAAUUAUCUAAUCUCUCCGUGAAUUGUUGUUCCUGUUUGGCGCUUGUGAUUUUCAGGGACUGGCUUGCUGUUGUAUGUCUCCAACCCCCCAGCCUGUGGCUGUGGGAUCAGGAUUUCAGGUUCAAAUGGAUCCAGAAUAUGAACAUCGCCUCCUCCGACAAAUCAACAUCCAAAAUGACAACUUGAGCCCUGUGAAAGUGACACCGAGUCUGCACGGUCGGACUCCCACCGGCUCCCCGUUAUCUUCACCCAGUAAGCUCGGAGACAGAUUAUUCUGCUCGAGCGGGGCAAACUGGAGCAUCAACUUCCACAGGAUCAAUGAAAAUGAGAAGUCACCAAGUCAGAACAGAAAAACAAAGGAUGCGUCCUCCGAUAACAUCAAAGACGGGCUGGCCUACUCUGCUCUGCUGAAGAACGAGCUGCUGGGAGCAGGAAUAGAAAAGAUCCAGGACCCUCAGACAGAAGACAGACGUCUACAGCCAUCAACCCCAGAGAAGAGAAGUCUCUUCAAUUAUUCCCUUAAUACCAAGAGGUCGUCACCAGACGAUGGCACCAACAUCUCCCCGUACUCUCUAUCACCUGUCAGCAACAAAAGUCAGAAAUUGCUGCGAUCACCAAGAAAGCCAACUCGAAAGAUCUCAAAGAUCCCUUUUAAAGUCCUGGACGCUCCGGAGCUGCAGGACGACUUUUACCUCAACUUGGUGGACUGGUCGUCUCUCAACGUGCUCAGCGUCGGGCUGGGUACAUGUGUGUACCUGUGGAGCGCCUGUACCAGCCAAGUCACAAGGCUGUGUGAUUUAUCGGUGGAGGGAGACUCGGUCACGUCCGUCGGGUGGUCCGAGAGGGGUAACCUGGUGGCAGUGGGGACUCACAAAGGCUUUGUUCAGAUCUGGGACGCCGGUGCUGGGAAGAAACUCUUCGCCCUGGAAGGACACACAGCUAGAGUUGGAGCGUUAGCGUGGAACGCAGACCAGUUGUCUUCGGGGAGCCGUGAUCGUAUGAUUCUGCAGAGAGACGUGCGGACCCCCCCCCUCCAGUCUGAGCGACGGCUGCAGGGACACAGACAGGAAGUGUGUGGCUUAAAGUGGAGCACUGACCAUCAGCUGCUCGCUUCCGGUGGCAACGACAACAAGCUGCUGGUUUGGAACCACUCCUCGCUGAGCCCGGUGCAGACGUACACGGAUCACCUGGCUGCAGUGAAAGCCAUCGCCUGGUCCCCCCACCAGCACGGCCUGCUGGCCUCUGGGGGUGGCACCGCCGACCGCUGCAUCCGGUUUUGGAACACCUUGACCUCGCAGCCGCUGCAGUGUAUGGACACCAGCUCUCAGGUCUGCAACCUGGCCUGGUCCAAACAUGCUAAUGAGCUGGUGAGCACUCAUGGCUACUCUCAGAACCAGAUCUUGGUGUGGAAAUAUCCGGCUCUCACUCAGGUUGCCAAACUCACAGGACACUCGUACAGAGUGCUCUACCUGGCCAUGUCCCCGGAUGGAGAGGCGAUUGUGACGGGAGCUGGAGAUGAGACUCUACGCUUCUGGAACGUGUUCAGUAAAACAAGGUCAACUAAGGAAUCUGUAUCAGUUUUAAAUCUCUUCACCAGGAUACGGUAACUUUAAGUAAAUAUUAAAACUCUAAAACCGUAGUUUGAGUGGAUCCUGGCGUCACCACUGGAUAGCUCAUCAUCAUGGUGCUGAGGAUGUACAAACUAAACCAUCUUGUGACAUUUUUACACAGAAGAAAUGGCAGCAAGAGCAACUGAGCACUUUUUUUUUCAUGCUAACAAUUGUUAGGGAAUUUGUUUUUGACUUUUGUGCUCUCAUUUUGAAUGUAGUCAUUUUUUAUUAAAAGAAAUAUGUAUAAGUGGGUUGAUUUCCAUUUGUUUUGUAUUCACUAAUGCAAAAAAAAAAUAAUCAAGAAAUCAUAGGACUUACUUAUCUGAAAUGUGGAAAGAGCAUUAUUAGUUUUUAUUUAACUCAGGUCUUAUUUAUUUAACGCUGCAGUGAAAGCUGCAAUGGCUUCAAUGGAGAAAAAUGCCAUCACAUAUUAAAACAUAUAAACUAAACAUAAUCACCUACUAAGGCCUUUACAGUAUGUGCACCAUGUUUACUGUGAUCCUUAGAGUACUAAGGUUGAGAGUGGUUGGCUGAAAUAUUGCCGUGUUGCUCCUGUGGGCAGAAAGUCUAAUGCUGUGCAUCUAGACAGACUGUGUACUACAUAGUUGAUUCUUUGUGGUAAAGGAUAAAAUAAAAGAUGAUGGAACUGAA